UCCUUCAUCUAUUGACAUGUUGAUUGGUGCUGAUCUAUUUUGGCAACUAAUAGGGUCCAAACAAACAACUCUAGGGAAAAAUAUGCCUAUACUUCGUGAUUCAAAAUUAGGUUGGCUAAUUGCAGGUCCUCUGCCAAGUUUUACCAAACCUAUUCCUAAUAAGCAAAUCAUAUGCAAUUUCACACAAAAUAAUCAAGAUUUCCCUAAUCUAGAAAAACAAAUGUCAAUUUUUUGGGAGCUAGAGAGCCUUCCACCCACUAAGCCUUAUACACGCGAGGAAAGACUUUGUGAGCAACAUUUCAUCGCCAACACCACUCGUGAGGACAGUGGCCGUUUUUGUGUUGCUAUACCCUUACGAGACGAUAGAGAUUGUUUAGGUAAUUCCUAUCAAUUAGCAAAGAAAAGAUUUAUUAGCUUAGAAAGUCGUUUCAAAAGGCAACCAGAACUCAAAAAGGCCUAUUCAGAAUUUAUUGAAGAGUAUGCUGAACUCGGUCAUCUCUCUGAAACUAAGAGUUCACUAUUACCCACAAAUUGUUAUUUUCUACCUCACCACCCGGUUAUUAGAGAAAAAAGUGAAUCCACAAAAUUAAGGGUUGUGUUCGAUGCAUCAGCUCGCACUUCCUCUGGUUUCUCUAUUAAUAAUUUGCAAAUGGUAGGACCUAUAGUACAGGAUUCUUUAUUUAACAUUCUCCUUCGUUUCCGCCAACACAAAUAUAUUUUAUCGGGGGACAUUGAAAAAAUGUACCGCCAAAUCAAUGUUAGAGAGUCAGAUCGUAGCUUUCAAAUAAUUCUAUGGCGUAACAAUGAAGGCGAAACUUUAAAAACAUUUCAAUUAAACACAGUAACCUACGGGUUCUCGAGUGCAAGUUUUCUUUCUACAAGGUGUAUCUGGCAAUUGGGGGAGGAAUGUGAUGAUCCAAAUGUUAAAACUAUUAUUCAAAGAGAUUUCUAUUGUGAUGAUUUGCUUACAGGAAGCGAUUCGGCUUCAGAACUUCGUCAUAUUCAGCGCUCGGUGUCAGAUGAACUAUCUAAAGGCUGUUUUAACCUCAGGAAAUACAGAUCUAACCUUCCUGAUUUAUUCCCUGCAAAUGAAUUGCAAACUGAAACAGAUAACCUAAUAAUCAGUCAUGCCACUAGUACAUUAGGUAUCGGCUGGUCGCCUAGUUCAGACAAAAUUAACUUCGAAAUCGAAGCUCAUCCCAUCAAAACUAUCUCUAAACGAUCUAUUCUCUCCGCUACCUUUAAAAUAUUCGACCCACUGGGAUUGCUCUCAUUAUGCACUAUAAAACCCAAGAUAAUAUUGCAAAAACUAUGGUCUCUAAAAUUAGAUUGGGAUGAGCCUGUCCCUGAUGGCAUUCAAACAACUUGGUUAAAGUUUGCUCAAAAUGUACAUUACAUUUCAGCUUUAAAUGUUCCCAGGCUUGUUCUAAUGCAAGAUCGAUCGACAAUCGAGCUGCAUUGCUUCUGUGAUGCUUCAGAACAAGCGUAUGGCGCUUGUGUCUAUUUAAAGUCAACCAACACAUCAGGUAACAGUCAAGUUCAUUUGCUUACCGCCAAGGCGCGCGUCGCUCCCAUAAAGACCAUCACUAUCCCAAAAUUGGAACUGUGUGCUUGUCUCCUAGGUGCACAGCUUAGCUCGUCAGUAACAAAGGCCUUAAGGUGCAAAAUCGAUAGACAGUUCUACUGGACUGACUCUAGUAUUGCCCUAGGUUGGCUCAAGUCCGAAGGUAAAGCAAAAACCUUUGUAGCUAACAGAGUAGCUAUUAUAGGAGAACUCACCGAUGUCUCUAUGUGGCGACACGUACCCACUGUCGACAAUCCAGUAGACCUGGCAUCUAGAGGCAUAGAUCCUCAAAACCUAAAAGAUUGUUCUUUAUGGUGGCACGGGCCUACAUUCCUUCUUCAGCCAGAAUCUUCCUGGCCUACAUUUACUGUUCCCGUUACCGUUCUGGCGGCGGAAGUGACACCUGAAGAACAGGUGGUCGAUUUUAAUAGAUUUUCUAAACUCUCUACUCUACAAAGAGUUAUGCUUGGGUAUUCAGAUUCAUUCACAAUUGCAAAAAUCCUAAAAAUAAAUUUGUUAAAGAACUCCAAAUAAAUGAAUUAACUAAAUCAAAAGAAAUGCUCAUAAUUAUAGCUCAAAACGAAUGCUUUCAUGACGAAAUAAAUCGUCUCAAAUUAAAUAAGUCUCUUUCACCCAAAAAGCAUCUCUCAUCCCUCAAUCCAUUUUUAGAUCAAACUGGAACCCUGCGUGUGGGAGGUCGCAUAGACAAUUCAAAUUAUGACUAUGAAAAACGGCAUCCUGUAGUUUUAAACGCAAACCAUCCUCUAACAAAAAUGAUAUUUCAACAGGAACACCUCCGACUCCUACACUGCGGUCCCCAACAUUUGUUAGCCUCUAUAAGAGAUCAGUAUUGGCCUAUAGGUGGUCGUAACUUGGCACGAAAAACAGUUCGUAAUUGUCAUGUAUGUCGACGCUUUACGAGCAAGACUAUGUCUAAUAUCAUGGGAAAUCUACCCAAUGAACGCGUUGAGCCUGACUAUCCAUUUAACACAGUGGCCACUGACUUUGCUGGACCAUUUUACAUUACAGAUAGAAAGGGGAGAGGCUGCAAAAUCACAAAAUGUUACUUAUGUAUUUUUGUGUGGUUUCGGUACAAAUGUGUUCAUUUAGAAGCAGUAAGUGAACUAAGUAAGGAUGCAUUUAUUUUAACUUUAAAUAGAUUCAUUGCACGUAGAGGUAUGCCAAAAAUUGUAUAUUGUGACAACGGUAGAAAUUUUGUUGCCGCAGCCAAGGAAAUUUUUAAUUUUGUAGAGUCCAAUAAAGACACUAUUUUAGACUUUGGAGCUCGUCGGGGCAUCGAAUUUAAAUUUUCUCCGGCAUACGCUCCUCAUUUCAAUGGUCUGGCUGAGGCGGGGGUCAAAUCAGCUAAACAUCACAUUUCUAGAGUUCUCGGACACACUCACUUGACUUUCGAGGAACUCAGUUCUCUAUUUGCACAAGUUGAAGCAAUCCUCAACAGCCGCCCCCUUUGUCCCCUCAGCUCCUCACCUAAUGACUAUCAGUCCCUUACCCCGGCUCACUUUUUGAUCGGUAGGUCGCUGACAUCGCUGCCGUCGCCGAGCCUCAUGGACCACAACAGCAAUCGCCUCGACCGCUUCAAACGCCUCGAACAAUACAGACAACACUUCUGGAAGCGGUGGGCCACCGAAUAUGUUGCUGAGCUACAACAACGCACAAAAUGGCGAACCAAUUGUACUAACUUGAAACUAGAUGAUCUAGUGCUCGUCAAGGAUGACAGCACCCCACCCCUAUGCUGGCGAUUAGGCAGAAUUGCCAAGAUAUAUCCUGGAACCGACUGCGUGCCUCGCGUCGCUGACGUCACCACUUCGCAAGGAACGAUCAGGAGAGCACUCAAUCGCCUCUGCCUUCUACCAACAUCAGAAAACCAGUUUUGAAAGCUCUAUUUCGCUAGAGCUUCCAAGGGCCGGCAAGAUGUCUACGCCAUAAUGUCGCUGCUGAUCUAUGGACCAAUCACAGCGCGUAACGUGGGCGCUCCUGCGCCGAGCUGUCAAAUUCACAC